AUGUCCUGUGGAGGGUCAAUUCUUCAAUCCGUCGUCGCCUUCGACGUUUCAUUGCCUCUCAAGAAUCGCCAACUGACUCUUGGUAGAGUGGAACGCCCGUUUGCGUGUGGGCUUGGCCUGAUCGCCGAACGGAUGCACCUGAAAGCCAUCAUGAUCAAGGAGCGCCUGCUCGGUCCCAACGACUUCGAGGUGGCUCUGAGUGUGGGUCACUUGGCCAGUCUCUACAACUACCACAUGAAUCUCUUCGAAAAAGCCGAAGCCCUCUACCUGCGAUCCAUUCAAAUCAGCUUGAGUUUGUUUGGUCCAUCCUACAGUGGACUGGAAUACGACUACCGCGGCCUCCAGCGGGUCUACCGCAAGCUGAACAAUUGGGAAAGGCUGGCGCAUUACGAGGCGCUCUUUGACGACUGGGUGCGCCGACGUCUGGAGCAGCGUCUGCAGGAAGGUCAAUUCCAGAAGUCGAAUGAUUAUGACGAGGUCAUGGAGGUUGAGCUGUGCACGACGACGUCGGAUGAGGAACUCGAGCGUCGAAAGCAGGUGCUGGCGGAGUUUCGAAACGAGUUCGAUGCAACCCUCGGUGUCUCCUCUGUGACCACCUCCAGCACCUCGCCAUCCGCACCGACCAGCCGAGGGUCCGCCGGUGGCAGAACUGCCAGCCCCAUGCUUGAGGGGGAGACCAGUCGAUCCACGGGUCUCUAG